AAUUUGAAAUAACAGCUUUCAGUUGAAUACUGUCAGCUGAUGGACUUGUCAAACAUUGUUAAGGGUGGAAACGAAAACUCAUACCAAAAUCUUUAGCCGACACAAAAGUUUUGCUGACGGCAUGGAAGAACGAGCGGUUUUGGCAAAUAUAGCCACGAUUAUUGCUAAGGAUUUGCUCAUCGAUGAGCAGCCAAAGCAGGCAGGUUUCUUUUCCAGCACUCUUCCGUUGCUCGAUGCCAGUGAGGAUGACGAAGCGGAAAUCUUUGCGUUGAUGCAACAAAAACGUGCCGCCGGGCAGGUGAAGGGAAAGCUCAAGCGGACACACCUCUCAGAGACAGCAGCCGCAACCACGCAACCAGCAAGCAAAGUCCCCAAAUGUGAGUGGAAAUAUGCAGAGCUUAAUUUGCUGCACCGCUAUGUGGAUGCCCAGUUCGAAUCCUUCCUACAUAUGCGAAAGCUAACGUUUCUGAAAAUCCAGCAGGCUCUGGAGGAGAUUCUACAGCGAAAUGCCCUGCCAGGCAUGCCGGCGCCACAGACAACCCUCUCACUGGCCCUAUGGAAACUGACCACGGAUGAGCACUUUGAGGAGAUUGCGCGCAAAUUUCAGUUUCCUUGGUCGCUGUGCCAGCAGGUGGUGCGCAGCUUCUGGCAUAUCAUCUCCGAUAACUAUGAGAGCUUCAUCAAGUGGCCGAAUUCUCUGGAGGCACAGCAGAGCACGCUGCAGGGCUUUCAAAACUUGCCACAGUUGAGUUGCUUUCAGGAGCUAUUUGGCAUCAUAUCCUUAAAGCGCCUGGAAAUUUUCUUGGAAUCGGAGCAUGCCGACGUAGCUGUAGUUUUGCAAUUGAUUUGCAAUGGGGAACAGAAGAUCAUCGAUUGCUAUGUGGAGCUGGAGCAGGAGUACACGUUUGAGGAUUCGCCAAUCGGACAAACAUUGGCUUUAAAUCCACGCACAAUGCCAGCGAACAGUUAUCUAAUUGGCAGCACAUGCUUUCCCCUCAAAUCCUAUCUGAUUCGUCCCAUUGAGGCUGAAUGUUUCCGUAAGGAUUCCGUCUUCAACGCGCUAUUGGAGCCCGCCUAUCAAUUGUCUAACAAUGUGAUGGACUCCCUAGCUCGUCGCUUUCACACUUUGUAUGCAUUGGAGGCGCGAGAUUUGAACGAGGUGCGGCUAAUUGUGGAAAGCAUUUGUGCCAUGCAUAACUUGUGCGUGGACUUUGGAGAUGAUUAUUUGGAUACAGAGGGAAGUGGGGAGAGCAAAUUUAAUUGGGGUGGAGAUCUGCCAGGACGUGGAGGUGGCGAGAAGGAUACAAAGGGAUUACGACGGCGUAUGGAACUGCUUGAUACAUUGGUUAACACUGAGGAGGGUGAUUAAACAAUGAAUGAAUACCAAAUAAAGAAUCAUUCAUUCAA